AUGCUUGCACAACGCGCUAUUGAAAAGCCGCAGGCUCGUGUCAGCAAUAUGGUGGGAGUCAACACUAAGGCCGGAGCUCUUUGCACCUUUAUCUACGGAGUAAUUAACGAAAAUCCACGACACACUUUCCCAACAGCAUAUACUCUGUACCUAUUUGGGUAUUAUAGCCCUCUGUUCUUCGCAAUUUUAUCAUACCCUCAACUUGCGCCACAGUUAGCGAUUAAGCGAUUGCAUUUCUUCCAGAAUCUUUGUCGCCAUUUCUCCUCGUUGCGUCAUGAUUUGCGGAGAGCUCGGACUCAUGGAAGGACAGAGGACCAUCAAAUUGGCUUGCCAAUAGCUUUCAUGACUGAACUCAGCUGGCGACCCAACUACCCAUUGACAUACUCCGAGUGCUGGAAUAUAGCUCGUGGAGUCCUCUACAAAUUCUUUGAAUUAUUUGCGGAAAUUGCGACAUCAUCAUUCCUGAUCAUUGCUAUCAUACCUGGGGAAAACAAGAGGAUACACGCCCGACACUUAUCCUCAGCUGUUGAGAUGAUACCUCUCGUUUCACAGGACUGGGGCUAUCAUAUCCGGACCAUCAGAUAUGCACACACGACGUUUGAGGAGAGCCAUUUUACACACGGUGUCGACAGGUACCUUUCGUCUUAUAGUGGAGUGUUUGAUGGUGGGUGGGAAGUUAUUUUCACUAUCCUUGGAACCAAGCACAGCACUCGGCAAAUAGUGACCAAGCCAAUAGAGCUAUCGACCAGAGCUAAAUAUGAGCCACUGAUUCAUGUUCUCGAACAGGUCAAUGCCUUUGCCUACAUUAUGUCCGGAGAAGCUCGGAAAUUGGAGUUUUAG